CGGGCCGGGACGGGAGCGGGGUGCCGUAGAGCCACAGAAUCAUCGCCAGUGAAAGAAACCUCUCAGAUCGCCAUCUCCGACCCCAGCCCACACCCACCGUGCUCAAUGCUCACAUCCCUCAGUGCCACAUCCCUACAGCUCUGGGAGGCCUCCAGGACGGUGACUCCCCCUCCCCAGGCAGCUGUGCCACUGCAUCACCGCUCGUUCAGAGCAGAAAUGUUCCCCAGUGGCCAACCCGACCCUCCCCUGGCAGAACACGAGGCCAUCACUCUCACCCUAUCGUUAUCACCUGGGAGCAGAGGCCGACCCCCUCCUCACCACAACCUCCUUUUAGGGGUUGCCAUGAGGUCUCCCUUGCCACCUCCCUCAAUGCUUUUCUCCAUCUCUCCCCAUGCUGCCGCAGUCCGAGGAGCUGGGGGCCAGGCCGGAGCCCCACGUCAGUGCACUGAGGCGGGCGCUGAGCAGCACCCUGCGGGUAUGGCUGGAGGCUGUCACCCACAUCGAGCUGGAGCCCUCCAUCGACAUCUCCUGUGCCAAGUAUGAGAGCACAGACGUACUGCUGUGCCAUGACGAUGAGCUGGAAGGCCGGAGAAUUGCUUUCAUCCUGUACCUUGUGCCGCCCUGGGAGAAAAGCGAUGGGGGGACGCUGGACCUGUUUAGCACAGAUGAACACUUUCAGCCACAGCAAGUCAUGAAGUCAUUGAUGCCUUCGUGGAACACACUGGUUUUCUUUGAAGUGUCCCCAGUCUCUUUCCACCAGGUGUCAGAGAUUCUGUCGGAGGAGAAGUGCCGCUUGUCAGUGAGCGGCUGGUUUCAUGGCCCCCCACUAGAGCGUCCUGCACGCUACAUUGAAGCUCCCUUGCCCAGGAGCCCACACAUCCCUUAUGAUCAUGAAAUCUUGUAUGAGUGGGUCAAUCUAGUUUAUUUGGACAUGGACUCCCAAGCUCAAAUCCAGGAGGAAUUUGAGGAGCGAUCAGAAAUUCUCCUGAAGGAUUUUCUUAAGAAAGAGAAAUUUCAACUUCUGUGCGAAGCUUUGGAGAACAAAGACAUCCAGUGGAGCAGUCGGGGGCCUCCCAAUAAAAGACUCUAUGAAACAGCAGAGGAAGACAGCCUCCCUGACAUCCUGAAGAACUUCCUGCAGUUCUUGCACUCAGAGGCACUGUUUUUAUUGCUUUCCAACUUCACUGGUCUAAAGCUGCACUUCCUGGCCCCCUCAGAUGAGGAUGCUGGGGAAGGAAGAGCAGCAGACAGUGCUGGGCAGAGCAGUUCCAAAAGUGAGGAGGAAGAGACUGAACAGCGUGCUGAUAGCAGUACCAGUCAGCCAGACCAGCCUGACAACAUCUUUGAAGCACAAGACAGUGAGACACAGAACGGGUCGAGUACCCCGAUGUGCGCAGGGGAGCUGCGGCGCUGGACCAAUGGGCACUAUACUCUAGUUCAUGACAAUCAAGCAACUGAAUUUGCUCUUGACCUGCUCUUCUACUGUGGCUGUGAAGACUGGGAUCCAGAGUACGGUGGUUUUACUUCCUACAUUGCUAAAGGUGAAGAUGAAGAGCUGUUGACUGUGAAUCCAGAGGACAACUGCUUGGCCCUGGUAUACAGAGACAAAGAAACUAUGAAGUUUGUGAAAUACAUCAAUCAUCGCAGCUUGGCACGCCUGAAAAAGCACCCGAGCAGAAGAGGAUUUUGGGAUUUUUCAUUUGUCUAUUUUGAGUGAUGGCACAGUGACCAUCAUACACAGAAAAUGGUGGUGGUGGCUUUGGAGCAGGGCUGUGUCCAAGCAUUCAGCUGGGCUUGCCUGAGCCCAGGCCAACCUUCCUGAUGCUAACUUGAUCAUGUUGUAUGUGAACUAUUCCCUACUUAGGGGGCCUAGGUGACUUUUUUAUUAACUGUAAGUGGAAAUCAUGUCUCCUCCUGACUUGGUUGCAGCGUGCACUCUUAGCCACUUUUAAUGGUACAUAGAGGUGCCAGCCCCGUGCGACUGACGGCUUCCCAGCCCUUCUCUUGUGGAAUUGAGAUGUGUGAGAUGUGUGGGAUGAGUCUCUCCUCUGGAAGGGUGAAAACUACUAGUGCGCAUGGCCCCAAGUUAAUGACUCUUGUUUUUGUUUUUUAAUAAGAGGUCAGUUAAAUGCUUCAAACUGUAGUUGAGCGAGUUCUGUUACAAAAUACCCAGGACAUUUUCUGGAAUUUAACUGUGUUCACCUUUUGUAGUGGCAGAAAUAAAGGAGCUGCCCAGGGAAAUAA